GCCGGGAGACUGGCAGGCGGCAGCUGGAACCUCGUCUCGGGGUUCUCUGGCGGGAUGUCUUGGGCCCGUUGCCGGGCGUUGCACGCGGCGCUGCGGCUCGCCGCGGCGCCUCCGCUUGGGGGCGGACCGGCAAGGCGGGGGCUGAGUGCACGACCGGUGCCGCAGGAGCCCGGGAUGGAGUACCAGGAUGCUGUUCGGACCCUUAACACCCUUCAGACCAAUGCUAGCUUCCUAGAACAGAUCAAGCGAGAACGGGGAGAUCCACAGGCCCAGCUAGAAGCCAUGAAACAUUAUUUAAUUCGAAGUGGACUACAGAUUGAGGAUUUAGACAGAUUGAAGAUCAUUCAUGUGACUGGGACCAAAGGGAAGGGCUCUACCUGUGCCUUCACAGAGCGCAUUCUCCGUGGCUAUGGCCUGAAAACUGGAUUCUAUAGCUCUCCUCACUUGGUGCAGGUUCGGGAGCGAAUCCGUAUUAAUGGGGAACCCAUCAGCCCUGAGCUUUUCACCAAAUACUUCUGGCGUCUCUACAAUCGCCUAGAGGAGACUAAGGAUGGCAGUUGUGUCAGCAUGCCCCCUUACUUCCGCUUCCUUACCCUCAUGGCCUUCCACGUGUUCCUCCAAGAGAAGGUGGACCUAGCAGUGGUGGAGGUGGGCAUUGGUGGUGCUUAUGAUUGUACCAACAUUAUCAGGAAGCCAGUGGUCUGUGGGAUAUCAUCUCUGGGCAUAGACCAUACCAACAUCCUGGGUGACACUAUUGAGAAGAUUGCCUGGCAGAAAGGGGGCAUCUUUAAGCCUGGAGUCCCAGCUUUCACUGUGUCCCAGCCCGACUCCCCCCUGGAGGUACUGAAGGACCAAGCCCGACAGCUCCAGUGUCCGCUGUACCUGUGCCCCCCACUGGAGGCCUUUGAGGAGGAAGCCAAGCCACUGUCCCUGGGGUUGGCAGGUGAUCACCAGAGGAGCAACGCUGCCUUGGCUCUGCAGCUGGCCCGGUGCUGGCUCCAACAGCAGGGCCACAAGGCUGUUGGGGAACUGAAGGCAGCCUGGCUGACCUCCCGGCGAGCCUUGCCCCUGGCUCCUGUAUUCCAUCCCACCCCGACCAUGAAGCAGGGGCUGCAGGACACAGAAUGGCUAGGCCGGACACAGAUACUGAGACGAGGGGCCCUCACCUGGUACUUGGAUGGGGCGCACACCACCAGCAGCAUCCAGGCCGGGGUACGGUGGUUCCGCCGGGCAGUGCUCAACCAAGAGAGACCUAACAAUGGCCCUGAGGUUCGGGUUUUGCUCUUCAAUGCCACUGGAGAACGGGACACAGCAGCACUACUCAAGCUGCUGCAGUCGUGCCAGUUUGACUAUGCCGUCUUCUGCCCUAACCUGACUGAGGUGUCUACUGUGGGGAAUGCAGACCAGCAGAACUUUACAGUCACCCUGGACCACAUGCUGACAAGAUGUCUGGAGAACCAGAAACAAUGGAACCGGCUGGCAGAGGAUAAGACCGGACUGGACCCCUGGUUGGCUCAAGCCCCAGAACCCAGCAGUGGACCCCUGCAUGGGCCCCUUCUCCUGGUUCCCCCUGCUCCCCGGCCUCUCAACGCCAGCUCCCUGGUCUUCAGCUGCAUUUCCCAUGCCCUACAGUGGAUCAGCCAGGGCCGGGAUCCAUACUUUCAGCCCCCCAGUCCUGCCCGGGGCCUUCACUCCCACCCUGUGGCCAGCAGUGGGGCCGUCCUUCUCAAGGAAGCCUCCUCCAUCCAGGUGCUGGUCACCGGCAGUCUUCACCUAGUGGGUGGUGUCUUAAAGCUCCUCGAUCCCACGUUGUCCCAGUAAUGGGGCUGGAGCUCAUUCCUAGAGGGGAACCUGGAGUUCCCUCUGCCUGUGGCCUUUUCAUUUCCAUUCCUUCUCUCUUCCCCAUCUUCCCCAAACUCCUCCACACGUCCGACAGGUGCCUUUUUCCUUCUGCCUCUGAACUUUCCAUGCCAUGGAAGGCAUCCUGCUGUGGAGUGGGGAGGUGGGGUGAGCGUAAGAGGAGGCCUCCCCUUCUGUUACCUCCCUCAGGAGGGAGCUGUGUGAGCUGGGCCUCUCUCCCCCCGGGCAGGGGUGUGGGGCUGGCGGGUCAUGAGUGGCUGAGCUGGGUACCAAGCUGUUUCUCCGGCCUCGGAGGGACACAGCUCAUCUCUCACCGGAGCAGGACUGAUCAGCAGGAUCCCAUCGUACUAACAAACUGCCGACUCCCCUGUGCAAGUCCCCCUGAGGCAACCUACUCUGGGCCUCACUUACACUGUCACUGGAGAACAGGCAGAGGCGCACCCCCCUCCAACUGCUACUGUUACCACCCUCCCCACCCCCCACCUCCUAGUGCUGCCCUAGAGGGCACCCAGACCCUGACACCCCCAGCCCCCGCCUGGGUGUCCUCGGGAGCCCGGAAGCUGUGGAGCCGAGGCCUUCCUGGCCUGGGCCCAGUGCAUUGUGUGAGCAGGCUGGCUGGAGGCCCAGGACCCUGCUGCUUGAUAGAUUUCCUCCUCCCAGAGGGUUCUGGGAAAGCUGAGGGCCUGACCCUGGGUGGGGUUUGGUCCUAAGGAGGGGGUGGAACAGAGUCAUGGAAUACAAGAUGAUAGGGAGUUAAAGCUUUUUUAAUUAAAAAAAAUUUUUUUUCCAAGAGAC